GCAGAAGAAAAUUAUGUGCAAUUCUAAUAAAGUUACUUCCUGUUGUAAGUGUAUGUGUCAUUUAUUUAAAGGGAGUGACGUGACUGACUCCCUACUAAAUUUUAUUGCUAAGACCAAACAUGGAUCUCCGAAGAGUGAAGGAUGAUGUCAAGUUAGACUUAUGCCGGACAUAUUACAAAGGUGGUUUUGCACUACUGCCAUUCUUAUGGUUUAUUAACUUCCUGUGGUUCUUCAGAGAAGCUUACCGCCGGCCAGAGUUUGAACAACAGAAACAAAUCCGUACAUAUGUUACUCGUUCAUUGAUUGGGUCUUUGAUCUGGUUCAGCAUCAUGAUUGUAUGGAUUAUAAUUUUUCAGAUGAAACGAGCUGAAUGGGGAGCUGUGGCCGAUUACAUGUCUUUCAUCAUUCCAACAGGCAGAGCGUAACUUUCUACAAGUGACUUAACAAAUCAUAUAGAAGUAUGGUUGUCAGUCAAUAACUGCCAACUGACAUUUUUGCUCUGUGGCCACAGUGGUUGCUGAUCUGUAAUAAACUGGAACUUGCUCUGAGAGAAAAAGGGAGUAUGUGUGUGUGUGUGUGUGUUACAAAGUAAAAGAGUGAAACCUGUAAAAUAUCUGCGAAUGAAUACUCAUGUACUGAGGGUUCCUAUUAACUUAAAUCGAACUGGAGACUAUUUUACCUAUAUGGUCUUUGAUUAAAAUAACAUCACAUAUAACUUGAAUAAUUGUCCUUAUUGUAAUUAAAGUCCCUCAAAUAG